AUGCAGGGCAUGAAUUUCUACAAACAGUCGCAUGCCCCAGCUAGCCUUCCACAUUCGGAGAACCAGAAGAUCCUUAACGACCCAGAAUACAAACGCCUGGAAACUAUCGAGUCAGAUGUCUUGAAUGAAGUUGCUCAAGCCAAAGCAAACAAGGAAUGCGUGGGACCACUGCUAGAGAAGAGUUUGGCAAGUGCUAUAAGCAAACGCAAGAACUACUACAGACGAGCUUAUGAUAAUGCCUAUAAGAGGUAUAGAUCAGAGUUUUUUCAAGAAGUUGGACCAAGAGAAGUCCAACGCCAGAUUCGAGUCAUGGAGGGAAGUGAUGAAGAGAUAUCUAUUUCUGACAACUUUUCCGAUCGACACCACUCUAGUAGAGGCGUUUCUGCUGGAUACUUCACCGCAAGAGAGCAUAUUGCAGAGGUAUUCUUCCGCACUGAAACUGAGAGCAAGGGGCUUCCGGAUACCAGUGUCCUUGAAGCACUCCAGGCUUUAUCUGCUCCCGAACCGUAUGUUCUAUAUUAUCCAAACAAAAUACCCGUGGACGGAAAGUGCAACAUCUGUAGUUUCGAGAUGGAAAGCCUUCCUCAACAGGAGAGAGCCCUACAUAUUCAUCAAUGCCACAAAAAAAAAUCUUUAGCGACGUCCGAGAUUCAGCAUUCUGAGUGCGUUGCCACGACAUGCCUCUGGGACAACUGCCGGAGCUCGAAAGCUAGGAAGGUCAAUUAUAACCCAUCUAUAAGCCUAAAACAAUACUGGGCGCAUUUUCGAUGGCAUCUUGAGACUUCAGACUCUACAUGUCGGUGGAAUGGAUGCGGCCAAAAGCUGUCAUCACGUUUUGAGCUGCUAAGACACUUGCUCGACUUUCACUCUAUAACAACGCGCCAGUCUCCGUUCAGGCCGCAGUUCUGCUUGCAACAUCCGUCUCUUGGCUGGUUUACGUGUGAAUUCGCAUGGGAAUACCACUGCAAGGAGCAUCUGACCAGCCCUCAGGCUAGCUGCGACCUCGACCGCCGCCAUGGGACAGUUGUAGCAGGCAUUACUUGUCCUUUCUGCCUCGGCAGUCAGAAGUUGUCAGCUAGCGACCGCGUACGGCAGUUUACCGAUAGGGGGCGAUUUAACGUUCACUUGCAAAGUUCUCACUACCGCAAGAUGAAAGAAGACGUUGACGUCUGCUGCCCCCACCCACUGUGCCAUGGAAGAUUCUCGCAUCCAAGUUUGAAAGACCUGAAGGUUCAUUUUUACGAUUGUCAUGGCCUCCCAGAAAAAGGUUUUGCCGUAACGCGUGGUGUGAUGGUAGGUGGUCGUGGUGCUUCAAAAGUCUGGUCGGAAAGCAACACAGACCAAGACCUGAAGGAAGAGUUUGACCUUGAAUGGAGUCAGGAUUCUGGGGUUGCCUCACCAGCAGACGACACAUGGGAAAAGAUAAUGAAACAAACUAGCUCAGAAUUUGAUGACGAUUUCAAAUUCGACCCUGAGGACCCCUUGUUUGACCUCGACACAGACCAAGACCAGAAGGAAGAGUUUGACUUCGAAUGGAGCGAGGUUUCUGGGUUUGCCUCGCGAGCAGACGACACAUGGGAAAAGAUAAUGAAACAAACUAGCCCGGAAUUCAAAGACGAUUUUAUACUCGACCCUAGGGAUCCCUUGUUUAGGGCGAAUGCGAUCAUGGACUUGGAUGAGACAUAUCCACCGUCUUAUCUUGAUAUGCCUGCCAAAAGUUGGAACCUUCCUAAGGACUUCUGGGUUGGGACAAAUGCGACAGUGGACCUAGAUGAAAAGUAUCCACUAUCUUCUCAUGGAAUGCCUGCCAAUAGUUGGAGCCUUCCAAUUAUAGAGGAUGCCAAUGAUACCUCUGGUAUAUUUCAAUACAUCGACUUAUCUCACAAUACUCCAGCAGAAGGCUCGGAGGAGGUUUUAUCUACAUAUUGGCCGUAAGAUAAUGAUGCUCUUCAAGUUUUGCAAAGUAGUCAUUAUCAGGCACUGAAGAUG